UGGAGGCGGGGAUAGCGCAAGUUCAGUGGAGAACGCCGAGCGUGGAGCCAGAAAACAGUGGCGUGAAAUUUCUAGAAAGAAUUAUAUGUGCAUAUUUUUUAUAUUUUAAUUUCAGUUCUGCGUUCAAAACGCGCAAUAUUGUGUGCAUUAAACACACGACCAAGUGUUCCGGAAUACUGUACAGCCCUAACACUGUUAUUGAUACUGCCUUGGUUCGUCUUUAAGUUUUCUUUUUUUAUUCAGCGUCACUCAUUAAUUACACCGUAUCCCACUUGCUAUUCCCUUAGAGUGAAGGAGAAUGAACCAUAAAAAUAAGAAGCGGAUUAAAGAGUCUAAACGAAGCGCCAGACCAGAAUUGAAGGACUCCUCAGACUGGAUUAAACAUAACUACCACGAGACUUUCGAUUUAUCGCAUCGGACAGUCAAGGACAGUGUGGAGCGUGUAGACGGUCUGCAGCUGAGCCCGGAGGAGUUCAUCGAGCGGUUUGAGAAGCCCUACAAGCCUGUGGUGCUGCUCAACACCCAGAGCAGCUGGCCAGCCCAGGAGAAGUGGACGCUGGAGCGGCUGAAACGCAAGUACCGCAACCAGAAGUUCAAGUGCGGGGAGGACAACGAUGGCUACUCGGUGAAGAUGAAGAUGAAGUACUACGUGGAGUACAUGGAGACCACACGCGAUGACAGCCCACUCUACAUCUUCGACAGCAGCUACGGGGAGCACACCAAGCGCAAGAAACUGCUGGAGGAUUACCAGGUGCCCAUCUUCUUCAGGGAUGACCUAUUCCAGUUCGCCGGAGAGAAGCGCCGACCGCCCUACAGGUGGUUUGUGAUGGGCCCCUCUCGCUCUGGGACAGGGAUUCACAUUGACCCGUUAGGCACCAGUGCCUGGAACGCACUGGUCCAGGGACACAAGCGCUGGUGCCUCUUCCCCACCAACACUCCCCGUGAGCUCAUCAAGGUGACCCGCGACGACGGCGGCAACCAGCAGGACGAGGCCAUCACCUGGUUCAGCGUCAUUUACCCACGCACACAGCUGCCAGACUGGCCCCCGGAGUUCACACCCCUGGAGAUCCUGCAGGGACCCGGGGAGACGGUUUUUGUUCCAGGUGGCUGGUGGCAUGUCGUCCUCAAUCUUGACACCACAAUUGCUAUCACACAGAACUUCGCCAGCACCACCAACUUCCCCAUCGUGUGGCACAAGACUGUGAGAGGCCGGCCCAAACUCUCCAGGAAGUGGUACAGGGUCCUGAAGCAGGAGCGACCUGAGCUGGCUGCACUGGCUGACGCGGUGGACCUGCAGGAAUCAACGGGGAUCGCCUCCGACAGCUCCAGCGACUCCUCCAGCUCCUCCAGCUCCAGCUCCUCAGACUCCGGCUCCGAGGGCGAGUCUGGAUCAGAGGGAGAUGCGAUGGCGCACCGCAGGAAGAAGAGGCGGACCUGCGGCAUGAUGGGAAACGGAGACUCCACCCUGCAAGACGACUGCGUGAGCAAAGAACGCAGCUCCUCCCGAUGACCCCCCCCCCCCCCUCGAUGGGUUAAUCAUGAGGUACUCCGCUCAUCCACUUCCCCAGGGAGCUCCUCCUGGUGCCCCCCCUCCCUCGAUGGGUUAAUCACAAGAUACUCUGCUCAUCCACUUCCUCAUGGAGCUCCUCCCGGUGACCCCUCUCCCUCGAUGGGUUAAUCACGAGGUGCUCCACUCAUCCAUUUCCCCAGGGAGCUCCUCCCGGUGACCCCCCUCCCUCGAGGGUUUAAUCCUAAGAUACUUUGCUCAUUCACUUCCUCAUGGAGCUCCUUCCGGUGCCCCCCCCCCUCGAUGGGUUAAUCCCAAGAUACUCUGCUUAUCCAUUUUCCCCAGGGAGCUCCUCCUGGUGUCCCCCCUCCCGUGAGGGGUUAAUCACAAGAUACUCUGCUUAUCCACUUCUUCAUGGAGCUCCUCGAGGUGCUCCGCUCAUCCGCUUCCCCAUGGGACAAGCAGCAAGAGAGCUUCAGUGGCCUGACAAGCAACGGCAGAAUCGCAAUAACAACAACAGUUAAAUCUUUGAGUAUUGUUUUUUUAACAGAGCAGUUUGCUUCACAGCGUUUUUUGUAGCUUUGUGUAACCAAGAAAUAGGUCUGGUUGCUUUUUAUAUACAGCAGAUACUGUAGAAGAACAGUUAGUGGAGGCAAGUUUCGUUUAGUCCUUUCUGAAUGUAUGGGUGCGUCACUGGUACUAAAAAUGUGCUCAAAGAGAAGUAGCUGCUGUUCGUCUUGCGUUGCUGAAAGUGCAUUUGUUUCGCCACACUUAGAGAAAGCAUUGUGGCAUAAAAUAGACCGGAGAUAAUCCCGAUGCCAAACUAGCAUCUGAAUUCCUCUAGCCAUAUAAUCAAGCGCCGGCAUUUCCUGCAUAGCAAGCUGAACUAACAUUGUUAAAGUAUUUAAAUGGUACAUAAGGACCUUUUUUUUUUUUAUUGUGUUACACGUUCCAGUGUGUUGCUACAACAAUACAUAGACCUUACAUAAACAGCUGUAGCAACACAUGGGAACAUAUAACACAGUAAAAUAAAAAGGUCCUUACGUACCCUUUAAUAUCUUUGCCUGGGAUCUAUAUGAGCUGAUGUUACUGUAUAGGAAGUAAAAUUUUGGAUCCCCUAGAAUUUUAGGAUUGAGACAUAUUUAAAAAAAAAAACAAAAAAAAAAAAAAAACUAUGAACAUA